AUGAAUUCCUCUGCCCGGCGCACGGCGUCGCAUACUCUUAGAAGGUCUCGCAACUUAAUUUUCUCAGCCUAUUCGCGUCGAUGGAACUCCACAUCGGCUUUUGAGCAAAGACAAUGGUCGACCCCUCUUGCUCGUACACUGGCCAGUGCGAUGAAGGUCACUGGGCCCAUUCCAAUCGCGGCCUUUAUGCGCCAGGUCUUGACUUCUCCAGAAGGUGGUUACUACACUUCCCGUGAACAUGUGUUCGGGAAGUAUGGCGACUUCGUCACGUCGCCGGAAAUUUCGCAAGUCUUUGGAGAAUUAAUUGGUAUUUGGACAAUUGCGGAGUGGAUGGCACAAGGGCGAAAACGAAGCGGUGUCCAGCUGAUGGAGGUGGGACCCGGUAAAGGCACCUUGAUGGAUGAUAUGCUGCGAACAUUCCGGAAUUUCAAGACCUUCACUUCAAGUGUGGAGGCUAUUUACCUCGUCGAAGCAAGCUCAACCCUGAGAGAAGUACAAAAGCUCCGGCUUUGCGGUGAAGAGGCUACGAUGGAAGAAAUAGACAUUGGACACCGAAGCAUCUGCAAGUACUUUGACGUACCCAUCAUCUGGGUGGAGGAUAUUCGCCUGUUGCCGCAUGAGGAAGGCAAAACACCCUUCAUCUUUGCCCACGAGUUCUUCGACGCGCUCCCUAUUCAUGCUUUCGAAUCCGUCCCCCCGUCACCUGAAAAUCAGCCAUCCGAACUACAAGAAAUUAUGACUCCCACUGGACCUCAAAAACUACACAAGCCUCUCAAAGCCGCCAAUGUCCCGCAAUGGCGCGAGCUUCUGGUUACCCUAAACCCGAAGGCUGUCGAAGAGAACAUCGAAGGCGAGCCAGAGUUUCAGCUCACCAAAGCCAAGGCCUCCACUCCCUCUUCAUUGGUGAUUCCCGAGAUAUCCGAACGAUACCGCAAGCUGAAGGCUCAGCCUGGGUCCACCGUUGAAAUCAGCCCAGAGAGCCGAAUCUACGCUGCCGACUUUGCGCGCCGCAUUGGUGGCGAUGCUGCUUUUUCCAAGUCCUCAAAGAACUCACCAGCACCUCAGGAAGCCCAGAAGAAAACCCCUUCUGGUGCCGCUUUGAUCAUGGAUUAUGGCACAAUGUCCACCAUUCCUAUAAACUCAUUGCGCGGUAUCCAGCACCACAAGAUUGUACCGGCGCUCUCGUCGCCCGGCCAGGUUGACGUGAGUGCCGACGUUGAUUUCACUUCUCUCGCCGAAGCUGCCAUUGAGGGCAGCGAUGGUGUUGAGGUUCAUGGUCCUGUCGAGCAAGGUGAUUUCCUUGGUGCUAUGGGUAUUGAAGAACGUAUGCGCCAGUUGCUGAAAGGCGUUGCCGAUGAAGAACAUAAGAAGACGCUGGAGACAGGCUGGAAACGUCUGAUUGAGAAGAGCGGCGGCUCUAUGGGACAGAUUUACAAGUUCAUGGCCAUUAUCCCGGAGAAUAGCGGUCGCAGGCGCCCGGUUGGAUUCGGUGGUGGUGUUCAAAUGUAA